AUGGAUCUCAGCGAAACUACCCUAGCGACUCUCUCACAUCUCGAGUCGCGUCUUCUACGCCUGGAACACCUUCUAUACGGCCACGCAACCCCCCACCCAAAAUAUCUGCCGGCAGGGCGCGACUAUGCCGAGUUGCUCAAGAUCUACAACGCACAUCCCGCUCUCUUCGAUCCCCCUGCGUCUUCCUCCCCCAACCCGCCACCCAGCCUGUCACCCGAAGCUCAACGCUCCAUUGUUCUCGCCUCCGCGUCCGCCUACCCCACGACGGCCUCAUCCUUGACAUCCAUCUCCGACACGCCGAUCCCCGACGCAGCUUUGAGCGCACAUCUCGCCGCACUACUGCCUAGAAUGAAGGGCGUCGAGGCGACGCAGAUGGCGCAAGCUGCCGAGAUAGCUGAGUUGCGGGCUCGCAGCGAGAAACUGGUCAGGGCGUGGUACGAGGGUGGAGUCAUGGGCUAUUCGGAUUUCGUCGCUGGGGUUGAGGGCCGGACGCAGAAGGUUGAGCGGGCAGUGAGACGGGCUGAGAGGGCGAGGCAUGAGGUUUGA